UGGACACCUGGCCUAAACUGCUGGGGGGAGGGGAGGGGAGGGGAGGGGAGGGGAGGGAGAGGGAAACGCGCGGCUGUGUGCAGUCGCGUUGAGGUGACUCAUCGUUCCCUCCCCCUUUUCGCCCAGCUUUCUCCAGGCCGUCCCUCGCAUCACGUGCUUUUCUGGCCGCUCCCCCAGAGCCUUUUCCAAUCGCCCGAAUAAACUGAUGUAAAAUGUCGUGAGGGACGUCGCCGCUUUGCGGCUGCCUCCCUCAGAACCAGACCCCGGGAGUGCCCACCGCAGUCAGUGGUUACUCCGGCAGAGUCGUCCGGACGGAGGGCGAAAGCAGUCAGUACGUCACUGGAUUUUCCGCCGCACUCGCGAGGGCUCCGGGCGAUGUGAACUCGAGGCGGCUGCUGUGCUCCCAGGCCCGAGGGCUGAGGUGGGCGGGCAGGUGCCUGGGAAGCCGCGGCCCGGCGGGAUGGAGGAGAGCAUGGAGGAGGAAAUGCUCACCUACGAGGCAAUGAUGGACGACCAGAAUCACAACAACUGGGAGGCCGCCGCAGACAGCUUCCGGCAGCCUCCGCCGGCCCCGCCGCUGCCCCCGCCGCGGCCCUCGUCGUCCAUCCCAGAUCCUGGCCGAGAACUCCCGGGGGGACAGCUGCUGGCUGUGCACGCGGGCUCCAUGGACAGGAAGGGUCCUAAGGAAGGGCUCCCGAUGGGGCCUCCGCCCUUGCCGGAGCCAAACGGGGUGAUUAUGAUGUUGAAGAGCUGCGACGCAGCCGCCGCGGUGGCCAAGGCGGCUCCUGCCCCCACCCCCAGCUCCACCAUCAACAUCAACACCUCCACCUCCAAGUUCCUAAUGAAUGUUAUAACAAUUGAAGACUAUAAGAGCACAUACUGGCCAAAAUUAGAUGGUGCCAUAGAUCAACUUUUAACCCAGAGUCCUGGUGACUAUAUACCUAUAUCCUAUGAACAGAUUUACAGUUGUGUGUAUAAGUGUGUGUGCCAGCAGCACUCAGAACAGAUGUACAGUGAUCUGAUUAAAAAAAUAACCAGCCACUUAGAGCGAGUCUCCAAGGAGCUGCAGGCCAGCCCUCCAGACCUCUAUAUUGAAAGAUUUAAUAUAGCUCUGGGACAGUAUAUGGGAGCAUUGCAGAGCAUCGUGCCUCUUUUCAUAUAUAUGAAUAAGUUUUACAUAGAAACUAAGCUUAACAGAGACCUAAAAGAUGACCUUAUAAAACUGUUUACGGAACACGUUGCAGAGAAGCACAUCUACAGCCUAAUGCAAUGGGUUCAGAUGGCUCCGACAUUGUUUUCUAAGUUUAUUCCAAACAUUCUGCCCCCGGCUGUGGAAUCUGAACUUUCUGAGUAUGCUGCCCAAGAUCAAAAGCUUCAAAGAGAACUUAUACAGAACGGUUUUACCAGAGGUGACCAGUCCCGGAAGAGAGCUGGAGAUGAGUUGGCUUAUAACAGUCCAUCCGCUUGUGCAAGUUCCAGGGGCUAUAGAUAGUGACUGUUGAACUACGUUUCUCCCAAGAGAAGACACACUGGAGCUACAGAAACUGUUCCAGGCACAGUGGGGCCUGCACCACUCAGGAGCUCUGUCAAAGGCUGUUCUCAGAGAGGAUACCAGACUUCUUUCUUUGAUUUUCAGUUUUUAAAAACAAGAACUAACAAAAACAAUUGCUGCUAGACUGGAGGGUGAUUUUUGAAAUGGGACAAUCUUUUAAUCUACAGAGCAAGUGUCUUGGAGAGGGGCCGUUGCUAACGUGAAGCUCAACGUUUGAAUCAGCUUCCUCCAGAAAUACAAGAAAGAAAGAUUUUUUUUUAAAGCACUUGUCUUGUUCAUUUGUGGACUUGGAACAUGGUGUCUCAUGUCAAGAUAUCUUUGCUUAAAACCAAGCAAAUGUUACAAUACAGUGUUUUUACCCAUGCCCCAAACAAAUUCAAAUUGGUCUGUGUUUAGCAAUUAGUCUUGUGGAGGAAAUGCUAACAACUGCUUUCACUGUUACUUUCCCUAUCAAUUCCCGUUUUCAACUGUGUGCCUUGAGCUUUGUGCACUUUGCAGCUAUGUGACCACGUCAUUAAUCUUACAAUGCUUCCCAGAGAAGUUGAUAUCUCAGACUGGCCCACCAAAGCCUCUGAUAUGGCUUUACGUUUGUAGCAGAACCUGAUUGAGAAAAUGGAAGCACUAGAGGCUGGUCAGAAUUCACCCUGCUGUCUCAGCUCUCAUGGGGACCAACUCUUUCUGAGUGGUUUCCAUUCUAUCCCCUGAUCUUAGCCUCGAGUAGGGUUGAGCCCUCCCUGGUUUCGAGUUGUGAUACUGUAGAGAUUGCCCAACAGUGGGGGCUGCUCCCUAGGUUCCCUCUUGAGAUGAAUAGUUUUUAAAGUCAAAUAUGGUGAAUAGUUCUUGGUCCAUCUCAUUUUAAUGGGUACAUUUAAUAUGUAUAAAAGGUCAGCUCCACCCUGCAUCUUAUAAACAUCAUGUUUGAUAUUUGAGUGCAACAGGGAGAGUUUGCACUGUUGUUUGAAAGCUCCUUUGAGCUGUGGUAAAGCUGUAUUGCCUGUUUCACUACACCAACAGUGCUCUUUAGUUCCUCACAAAAGUCUGAAGCUUGUCUAGUUGUGUUCAUUAAUAAACAAAACUAGACAUGGCAAGGGAAAAGUAUUUUUCUCCUCAAGUUUGCUUGAAUGUGAAGUGAGCAUUGGCUUUGUGCUACCAGGCUCCAUCUGACAGUGAUGCUGACCAUUCAGAGAAUGCCCCCUAAGCUACUGCUCCCAACUCAGUGGGCAACAGAGUUAGAAGUGGAAUACCAGGGACAAGAACAUUAACCCAGUAGCAGUCCUGUGUUUGUAAACAAUGUUCCAGGGGAGGAAUAAUUAAGACCUGACAGCUUGAUUCUUUCAGGUACUUGUCUGCAGUUGGUAGAGUUUAGGGCUGGGGGGUGGUGGGUAAUUGGCUUCAUUUCAUUUGGGUUAUAUUGAAGAACUUGAGUAGGGACAAGUAGACUCUUGUUAUGGUCUGCACAGCUUUUUCUGCUCUAAUGUCGAGGGGAGAUUUCAUUUUAUCAAAAAGCCCAGUUUACUUUUCUGAUGGAAUGCUCACCAUAGAGUUGUAAAUAUCAUUUGGAACUGGUUUCUUCUACACAGCUUUAAUAUUUUUGACAAUAGCAAAGUUGGAACAUUUCUUGAAACAUAAUAGGUUAGUGGUUUGUCUGGGAGAGAGUGCUCUUCUUUUUCUCCAAAAGAACUUUCCCUAUAUAAAAGCAUUAUAUUAAAUAAAUUGGCAUUAAAGUGGGUGCUUUUGUGUUAGUAAAUUAAUGGAGAAAUAGUCAUAUUCUGUUUUAGCACAAAAUAGGCAGGGGAAAGCCUGUAAAAUUCUCAUUCUCUGAGUCAAAGCUGGGUACCACUGUGCUGGUACUAAAAGACAUGGGGAAAGUGAUGUGUCCUGGUGGUUAAGAAGGCUUUACAGUUUGUAAAACUUCAGCUGAAAUUGACACUUCUUGUUAAUUGAAAUCUUUACAGAAGUCUUAGUCUCCAACUAUGAGGAAAUAAAAUCUUUUCCCUCUCA